AUGGCUAGUAGAAGUGCGCUUUCAAUAAGUGAAAAAAAAAGUAUCCUAGCCGAUUAUGACAAGCUUCCCGAGAAGACGAAUCAGAGAUUAACAGCACAACAAUUGGGCAUUCCGCAGUCAACAUUAAAUAAGUUACUGAAAUCCCGUAACGAAAUAAGUGACUGCACUGAAUCUCAAAAUAGAAAACGUAAGCGUGAGAGCAAAAGUAAGGGAACCGAUGAAGCUCUUUUCAUGUUCUUUAAGCAAGCUAGCGCUAUGAAUGCUCCUAUAAAUCGCAGCAUAUUAAUGACAAAAGCCAAUGACUUGGCCAAAAAAAUGGGAGAAAUUAAUUUUAAUGCAACUGAUGGUUGGUUGACUAGGUGGAAAGAUCGCCACGAUAUUGUUUACAAAAAACUUCAUGGAGAAAAACAAGACGCAGAUGCGAGUGGUGCUGAUUCUUGGAUUAAAACAACGUGGCCAACUGUUCUGAAUAAAUACGGUCCGGAAAACAUCUUUAAUUUAGAUGAAACAGGGCUGUACUAUAGAGCAACACCUGACUAUUGCAUGAUUUUAAAAAAUGCAUCGGCUUCUGCAGGGAAAAAGAAUAAAGCGAGGAUCACUGUGGCCUUUACGUGCAAUAUUAUGACGGGUACUGUAAAAAAAAAAACCAAUAGUCAUUGGUAA